GGCCCAUUUGAGAACUGACUUUGGGAAGGAAUAUGGCCAUUUAGCAGGGAUCGAGGGUGCCAGCUCCAAGAGCAGCGGGACUCCAGGAGCCUGAGAAACGGGUGGCGCUCAGGUUUCAGCAGGGUGUCAAGGCAGCCGAUUUGAGCCAAGGAGGCGGAUUGGGACACAGCAGCUGCCCCAGGUGGGGGACCCCAGCUCCUGCCUCGAGCCUGGGGCGGUUCCACCACCCGGCGCAGAUUGGCUGCUUACGCCCCGUUUUUUGGCGGCCGCGUUUCCACCAUCUGAAAAGAGGAAGCACCACAGAGGGGGGCCGCCCUCCCUUGGAGAACACCCAAGGGGAAGGCGCGGGGCCGGGAGCAGCCCCCACACCCCGAGGGCCCCGCGGGACCCAACGGCCCUCCCGGAAACCGCUCCGAGGCCCCCUGGGCAGGCUCCCCUGCCACGCGGCCUCAGCUCGGCCACGUCCUUCCGCCCUCCCUGCACCUCCGGGCCCGGCCCCAGAGGGCGACCCCUCCCCUCCCCCCGUGCCCCACCCCGUCCUCGCCCUUCCCGCCCUGACCCCCUGGGCCUGCAGUGCGAGGCCGCCGCCACCUCCCGGCCCUUCCUGCCGGACGCACUGAGCCCGAGAAGCCGGGCCCUGGACCCCGGGCCUCCAGGCCAAGGUCAGCCGCUCCUCCGCGCUUGGCUCGCGAAGGAGACCACCGGGACCUGCUGCCCCCGCCCCCGGGACCCACCCCCCGGCUCCCCUUCCCCUCGCACGCUGUGCCCCUCAGCAGGUCCUGUGCCCUGGGCCCCCAGCCUGCCCUGACUCCCGGCAUUCGACGCCUCCAGGCAUCUGAGUUCGCCCCGCACCCCCCCUCCCCACCCAGCGCCCUGGGCUUGGAUCUCAAACUCCUGUGGGCUCCGCACUCCUGACACAACCUGGUCUCUGGGGGCCUCUCCCGGGCGGACCUUACCCAGAUGGGCUUCUCCCUGGGGGUCCUCUCCCCGGGGGUCCUGUCCAGGGUGUCCUCUCCCUGGGGGUCAUCUCCCAGGGGGUCGCCCCCGGGUGGGCCUCACCCAGAUGGGCUUCUCCCUGGGGGUCCUCCUCCCCCAGAUGGGCUUUCCCUAGAGCUCCCGAGCGUGCCUGUCGCCGGGUGAGUCCCGGGCCCUCCCCACCCCCGGAUGAGCCAAGUCCUCCAUUGGCCAAGUCUCCAACUCCGGUCGUAGCCGCCGCCCGGACAACGCGCGCUUCCCGCUCCCUGGGGGGCCGCUGCCCUGCGUCUGCUCCCCCCGCCUUGACCCCGCCGCUGCCAGGUCUCAGCUCGCCCCCAACCCCGGCGGCUCCUCCACGUCCGCAGGCCCGCGUUUCCCCUUCCAGGCGCAUGGCGGGGGCAAAUCACCACUCGUGAAAGGGAUGACGGAAUGAAUGAAUGAAUGAAUGAGCGGACGAGCGCAGGCGCGGGGGACGCAGGAAGACGUUCCCCGGUAGGCGGAGGGUGAGCCCGAGGCCGGCACCAGAACCCGGCACACCCGGGCCCGGAGCGGGGAGAGGACGGCCCGCGCGCACCCCUCGGCGCCCCCGCCCCUCGCCCCGGCCUCCGCGGGAGUCGCCGGCCCCGUGUCCUCGCUCCCGGGACGCUGGCGGGGGCCGCAGGGCGUGCGCGUGGGCCGUUCGCCUUCCGACAAGUGUGGCCCCGCCGCCGACCCGUAGGCCGCCGUCCGCGUCCUUUUCGGUCGCCAGGCAACCGCGGCCGGUCCGCGCGGGCGGAACCCAACCGGCCCUGGGCAGCGGGACGCACCGCGGAGCGGGGAGGGCGGACGAGCCGGGCGCCGGCGCCAUGGACCUGGUCAUCACGCAGGAGCUGGCCCGCGCCGAGAGCCUGCAAGAUGCUGCGUCCUUGAAGAAGGCCUACGAGUUGAUCAAAUCUGCUAACUUGGGGAAAUCGGAGUUCGACCCCUCAGAGAGCUUCAGCCCGGACCUGUUCGUUCUGUGUGCGGAGCAGGCCCUCAAGAUGGGACAGCCAGAGGUGAGCGAGGACUGCAUCCAGAUGUACUUCAAGGUGAAGGCGCCCGUCACCCAGUUUCUGGGCCGAGCGCACCUGUGCAGGGCUCAGCUGUGUGCCCCGAAGUCAGCAGAAAACCUGGAGGAAUUUGAAAAUUGCGUGACUCAGUACAUGAAGGCUAUAAACUUUGCCAGAGGAGAACCGAGGUAUCACUUUUUGGUGUAUAAUGCAUCAGUCCUCUACUGGCAGAUGGUGAGGCCGUUCCUCAAGCCUGGAUACCGCCACUGUCUGAUCCCCAGCCUUUCCCAAAUCGUCAACGUGCUCAGUCAGACUGAGGAGGAAGACAAGGAGUGGCGUGCCGAGCUGAUGCUGGAACUUCUGGAGUGUUACGUGCAAGCCGGAAGGAGGGAGGAGGCUGCCAGGUUCUGCUCCACCGCAGCGCCGUUCAUAAAGGCCCACGUGCCGCAGAAAUACCGGCAGGUAUUCUCCAUGAUGGUUCGUCACGAACUAAUGGACGAGCUUCAGUUAAAGGAAGACAUGAAAAACUCCAUUAGCCUGUCAGUCGCUUUCUAUAUUAACAUGCUGAAGGCAAAACAGGAGCAAAAUGAUUUACCGGAAGACGUCAGCGUCAUUCUGAGAAAGGCCUAUACACACUUGGGCCGUUUCAACCACCGCCGCUCUCCUUCCCUCAGAGAAGAAAAAAUGCUUCUGCUUUUUGAAUUGGCUCGUUUUUCCUUGACCUUGAAGUGCACGGAGAUCUCCUCUGACUGCCUCUCAGACCUGAAGAAGAUGGAAAGCGUGGGUCCCGGGAAGCUGAUUGAAAUUGAGUGUCUGGAGUGUGAAUCAGAAGCUUUGAGACUUGAGAGUGAAAUGAAGGUGUACCUCCGAGCAGCUGUGGAGGCCCAGCUGGAUAUUAUACAGAGACUGGACAUCGCGCUGCAGCGAGCCGUCCGCCUGGGCGACCCCCGGGUGAUCCAUGUGGUGUGUGCCACGCAGUGGAACACCUGCCUGCCCCUGCUGCAGCACAACCUGCGGCACCACCUGAGGAAGCCACUGGCCAAUGUCGCGGAGGUGCUGGAGAAGGUGGACAGCCUCAUGACGGUGCUCCGCUGCCAAGUGCACAUGGAGAUGGCGCAGAUUGAGGAGGACGAGGACCGGCUGGAGCCUGCCAUGGAGCACCUGUGGAAAGCUACGCGCCUGGACAGCCUGGGCCUCUACCAGGACCAGCUCCGGAUGGCCUCCACUCGGCUGCGCCUGUGCACCACACUGUACCAGGCCCCCGAGCACGCUGAGGACAAGGCCAUCAUGGCCAUCGAGCAGGCAAAAAAAGCUACCCCGAAGGAUAGCGUCAGGAAGAAGCGGGCCCUCCUGGUGAACGCAGGCCUGGCCUUAGCCCCCGACACCUUUCAGGUUGUGCUGGACAGUGAGAAUGAGGCCAAGGUGUCCACUGGGAAGAACAGGGGCCGGUUCACCUACCUUUGCUCAAAGGCACGGCACCACAUUGUCAGCGUGGACAAAGCUGCUGGGCACCUGCGGCGCCUGGGCUAUGAAAACGACAAGGAGAGGAUACAGAUCUGGGCGGAGCUCGCCAAAGUUGCGCGGAAGCAGGGUGUGUGGGACGUCUGUCGGACGGCGAGCCGCUUCUGCCUCCUGUAUGACAGCGUCAAGGUGAAGAAGCUGAGGCUGCGGAGAGGGAGGAAGAAGCGAGGUGGGGACGGCUCGGUGCAGGACGCUAGGAGCCAGCCUGAGGUCGUCCUGCAGAGGCAGGUGUCCCCUGACCUUCUGCGGAAGUUCGCAGAGGUGGGGUUCAUCAACGCUGAGGCCACUGUCCAUCUGCUGCGCUCAGAAGGUGUAGAGCUGAAUGACCGGGCCGUCCCCCCCGAAGACCUGAGCCAGCACCCAGCUGGCUACGUGCCUGAGCCCCCAGAGGAGAAUGCUGAGUGGAUUACAUACAGGACCUGGAUUGAGAGCCUGUCCCAGUACGCCAUGAAUAACUGGCUGCGCUCUGCAGAGAUUGGACAGGAACUCCAGGAGGCGUGGAUCGUGCAGAACGCUGUGGUCUACGUCCUGAACCACAGCCGUCACCUGAUCCUGGCUGGGCGGCAGAAGGAGCUGGUGGACACCCUGCAACACCUCCUGAGCAUCGUCAAGGCCACAGGCCACAGCGGGGACCCUGUGAUGCUGGUGACGCUCUGCAACACCCUGGCGCGAGGCCUGAUCAUCAGCUGGAUUCCAGCCGUGGCCACCGAGAAGUCCAGGAAAUCGGUGCGAGGAAAUGCCUUUCACAGCACGCUGGAUGCAGGAGCCGCCUCCGAGGUCAAAGCAGCGGUAGAGGUCUGCGAGUUUGCACUGAACCUGACUAAUGGGAGCACGCCAGAGGAGACGGUGCCCACCCGCAUCCGGCAGCAGCUCCUCGCCACCUGGGUCAAGGCCAAGCAGCUCCUGCAGCAGCAGAUCGGGCCACGGCUGGGCACCGAGGAGCAGGGCACCAACGAGGAUGUCAGCUCCAUCACCAGAGUCCUUGUUGCCUUGGAAAUGUACUCGUGCAACGGGCUGGGCCUCAUGGACUUCAGCGUCCCCUCCCUGGCCCAGUUGGUGAAAAUGGCUUCGGAGUGCAACUGGUCGGACCCCCUGGUGGAGCUGCAGACCCUGACGCGGCUGACCCACUUCGCCCAUGCAGCACGUGACCAUGAGACCACCAUGGCCUGUGCUCACAAAGCCGCUGAGAUGGGCGUCAAGUACCUGAAGAUAUUUGGUCCCGUGGAGUCCCGGCUGGUGGCGGAGAUGCUGUGCACGGCCACUGGUAUCCAGGGCAGGAGUAUCAUGGAGAACCUGAAGGGCCAGAAGCAGCUGCGGCUGGUGGCGGCCAAGGCCUUCAUGGAGAGUGCCAGGUUCGGAGGCAUCGCGGGCAGCAGUGCCCUGGUGAUGCUGGCUGCGCGGCACUACUGGAAUGCCUGGCUCCCACUCCUGUCCUCGGCCGUCUACAGGAAGAAGGCCCAGGGUGCCCUGCAGAGGCUCAUCCGCAUCAUCAACACGACAGAGGCCAGAAAGCAGAAAAGAGACUUCAGCUGGGGAGCAGAAGGGGAGCAGAAGGCGGAAGGAGAGACUGAGGAGGAAGAGAAGACGCUGCUCCUGCACCAGUGGCCCACAGCCGACUUCCAAGGCGGCGGGACGGCCCACGGGCAUUUCCUUCCAGGGGCUGAGGACGACCUGACACUUCGCGCCGCACUCUACGGCCUGCUCUUCCACAGCCAUGCCGACCAGGAUGACUGGGAGGGCGGCCUCAAGGUGCUGGACGAGGCUGUGCAGGUGCUGCCUCGGACGGCCCACCGCCGCCUGAUCUUCAAGCACAUGAUCAUCGUGAAGGCCAAGCUCGGGCAGACUUUCUCGAUGGAAAUACAGAAGUUCAAGGCUGAGAGUGAGGACUACGUGGCAGGCAUGUGGCACCGGCUGGCCCUGAACUCACGGAGCGUGUCUGGAGAGCUGGCCUGCUACCAGAGCGCCAUCCAGGCCUUGCAGAAGCCUGAGACAGCGUGGCAGAAGGUGGAGUACCUCCUGGAGUUCAGCCAGUGGCUCUACCACAGACACUUUCCUCUUGAGGACGUGGUCUUCCACCUCCGCUGGGCCAUCGAGAUCAUGCUGGCCAUGAAGCCGCCUGGUGACAGCCCUGAACCAGAGCCCACGCCGGAUGGUAGGUCCACACCGCGGCCAGAGCCCACGCCGGAUGGUAGGUCCACACCACGGCCAGAGCCCACGCCGGAUGGUAGGUCCACACCGCGGCCAGAGCCCACGCCGGAUGGUAGGUCCACACCGCGGCCAGAGCCCACGCCGGAUGGUAGGUCCACACCGCGGCCAGAGCCCACGCCGGAUGGUAGGUCCACACCGCGGCCAGAGCCCACGCCGGAUGGUAGGUCCACACCGCGGCCAGAGCCCACGCCGGAUGGUAGGUCCACACCGCGGCCAGAGCCCAUGCCGGAUGGGGAGUACGUGCCCAUGCAGAUGCCCCCACAGAGCCCCGUGUCAGAGACUGGGGAGACGGUGUCCCCGGAGCAGCUGUGCAGUGUGCGGCAGCUGGAGGCGCUGGCCCGCGGGCACAUCCUGCUGGCCCUGGUGCUGUCGCCCGGUGCCCAGGGCUACGAGGACUGCUGCCUGGCAGCCUACGCCUUCCUCAGGCGCAUCUGGCAGGUUUCCUUGACAACAGCCGGAAAAUCAGUUACAGACAGCAGACCCCUGGCAGCAACCAGCUCACGUCUGUCAUUGCCUAAAAAAGAGAAGGAGAAGGAGAAGGGAAAGGAAGAGAAAGUCAAGGAGGCCAAACAGGUGACACCCAGGCGGCCACGGUGCAGUGCAGGGCUGGGCCGGGGAUGGCCUGUGCCUCAGUUUCCCCACCUGUCAGGGUUCUUGGAGGAGCACCAGACGGCCGCGGUUCAGGGCCAAGCCGGGGAUGGUCUGUGCCUCAGUUUACCUGCCUGUCAGGGUUCUCGGAGAAGCCCCAGGUUGUCUCAGUGCAGGGGCUGGGCCGGGGAAGGCCUGUGCCUCAGUUUCCCUGCCUGUCAGCGUUCUCAGAGGAGCUCAGGUGGUCUCAAUGCAGGGGCUGGGCCCAGGCCGGCAUCUGUGCCUCAGUUUCUCUCCCCCAUCAGGGUUCUUGGAGGACAGUGCAAGGGCAUGUCUGUUAAGCACCCCGGCUUGAUCCUGGUGGGAAUCCUGGAUCUAGAGCCACGUAACACAUGCAGUUUGCACAAAGGACAUUGCCCCAGGUCCACCAGGCCCAGAGGCCGUGGUGUGUUGGGGGCUGGGUUCCAGAACAGUGAGAAGAGUGUUUUUUCAUCGUGUGAAACCUUUCCCUCUUCUCAAAGCCUAGCUGCUAACAAACCACUGGAACAUUUGCCCACCAGCAUAGAAGAGUGGGCUUGCUUCUCCUGCCCCGAGGAAGUGCUGUCUGUACUGAAACAGGACAAAAGCGACUCCACUGUUAACACCGAAAGUAUCCAGAAGCCGACGUACAGUCUGUAUUUCCUGGACCACCUGGUCAAGGCCCUGCAGAAGAUGUGCCUGCACGAGCUCGCGGUCCCCAUCCUGCAGCUGGGGGUGCUGAUUUCGGAGUCCGUGGUGGAAAGCAAGGGCCUGGCGGAUCUCUACCGCCUUCGCCUCGCCCACGUGUGCUCCGAGCUGAAGCUGAGGGAGGCAGCGGUGCAGCAUGAAGAGGCGAUCGGGCAGGUGCACAUCAGUGAGCUGGAGCAGGCCAGCUGCAGAAAAGAGAUCGCAUUGAAAAAAGAGAAAAACAAGGAGCCCUUAUUAGAAGAAAGCCUGCCAGCACUCAGCGAGCAGACGCUUGCUGCCCGUUCUGUGGAGAUCAAACCACUGGAAGCCAAGGACAAGAUUUUGAAGAUGAAUGGGGAGACUGGAAGAGGCCUUGAUGGGACGUCCUAUCCCCAGCUGUGGAUUCUGAAGGCAGAGGUUCUGCUGGAGAUGAGCCUGUACCAGCCUGCACGGCUGCUCCUGUCCGAGGCUCACCUGGCUUUCCAGGAGCUGGAUGAGCCUUGUGCAGAGGCCCAGUGCCUGUUCCUUCUGGCACAGCUGGCCAACAGGGAGAAGAAGUAUGGACAAGCCAAGAAAAUGAUCGCACAGGCCCAGCACCUGGGCGGAAAUGAGGAGUUCUGGUACAGUUCCACGCUGACCCUGGCAGACACGCUCUUGUCCACGGAACACUCAAGACGAGAAGCCACGGUGUGCCACAUGUUUCAGAAGCUCACCACUGCCUUCGAGAUUCUCAAGAAAGAAAGACCAAACCGAACGCCGUUGUUGGAAUUCAUGAUCACAGACCUAGAAGCCAGGUGCCUGAGCCUGCGGGUCAGAGUUGCACAGGAGGCCGCGGUCACGGAACCCACAGAGUACUCGCUGCUGCUGGAGGAGCUGGAUGACAGCUUGUUGGAUGUUGAGAGAAGGUUUACCGAGUGUGGUCACAAAGAGAAGUGCGCUGAUGUCAAACUAGAGCGUGCGAAGAUCAAGACGUUACGUGCCCAGAACGAGAAAGAUGAAGAGCAGAAAACUGCGUAUUACUUGGAGGCGUAUGUCCUGGCGCAGAGCGCCGUGGCAGAGGAAGAAGGGCGGCUCCAGAGCGUCCAGGCCUUGCUGUCACUUCACAACGUGCAGAACGUCAACUCGCCUCUGAUGAGGAAGCUGGCGCACCUCAAGCUCGACCUGGUGGACAUGGCUCUGGGCAUGCUCCAGUUCAUCUGGAAGGAGGCCCACGGGCAGCAGAGUGAGCAGGGGUCCCUGGAGAAGCUGCUGGCAGAGUAUCUGCAGAACACCAGCGACUAUACUUCCGUUGGCCUGCAAUGGUUCACACUGAAGCGCACCCUGGCACACGGGGUGCUGGCGCAGCUGGGGAGCCUGCAGCCGCUGAGUGUGGGCUGCGUGGAGAUCCGUGCCCGGCUCCUGGGACUGGCCGGGAGGGCCAUCCACCUGCUGGCCAUACAAGCUGACCCUGUGCGCCCCACCUGCUACUGGGAGGAGGGACCCUCGGUGGGUGCCAAGCUGAGUGACCUCGGGUCUCUGGAGCUGGAAGCAGAGGAAGAGGAUGCCAGGAAGUCCAGCAGGGACCCGCCAGCCUCCAGGGCGGCCCCGGAGGAGCAAGUCAGGAGAGGCGGGGACCUGAAGAGGAGGAUGGUUCUGGCCCAGCAGUACCUGGCACAGGCCUCGGAGGUGCUGCUGCAGUGCCUACACGUGGCCCUUGGCAGUGGCCUCCUGGACGUCGCGGCAGCUGCCAGCCUGGAGAUGGUGGAGUGCGUUGGCGCCCUGGACCCUGUGACUACCUGCCAGUUCCUGGCGCUGUCUCAGAGCUGCUCGGCCUCAGAGACCAUGAGGGACGUCCUGCUCGCAGCCACGGCCAACACCAGCAGCUCCCAGCUGGCAGCCCUGCUGCAGCUCCAGCACCAGCUCCGGCGCCAGGACCGGACCACCACCAGCCUGGGCACCAGUGUGGAGCAGAGGCUGGCUGCUGUGUCCAAGGCUUGGCAAAAUCUCUGCGUCACUGAGCAGCAUUUUAACCUCUUGAAUGAGAUGCCUCCUACUUUUCGGAUAUUCUUUCUGCACCUCUCACCGGACAGCAGGUCCCAUCUGUACAGCGCUGCUUACGAGAAACCCAAGUUCAUUCCUGUAGCCAAAGGAAAGGUGCAGCAUGUGGGAGGCCCCUGUAAGGUGAUGCGGCUGGCCGUGAGUCCCACCGCCUUGUCCCACCUACUGGCCUGUGCCCAGGAGUUCCGGAAGCAGAUCCAGGACCAGGUGUACGCAGAGGACCUGCUUCUGAGCACAGGCUCGGAGCCAGAAGGCCUGCAGGCAGAAGAGGAGGAGCCCCCGGUGCACGGUCUCAGCAGCAUCCUGGAGGCCCUGGAGGAGCUUCUGCGGCCGCUUUUCCCCAUGCUCAGUGUCUCCGAGGCCAGAGUGCAGACACCCGUGCUUGCUGCAGAGUCAGGGAAGUCCAAGGGGAAAGACAAGGAGAGGAAACUGUCCACAGGGCCACAGAACACAGUCCAGCCCGAGGUGGCCGAUCAGAUCAUCCUGGUCACAGACAGACAUCUCCUGGAGCUGCCGCUGGAAGGUCUCUCCGUGUUCCAUGAAGGGACAAUUUCCUCUGUGUCACGAGAAUUCUCUCUCCAAAUGUUAUGGAACCGCCUCCGUAAAGAAGAGACAGCAGAAGGUGGCGUGAAAAAGGAGGGGAGAAGCAGAGAUGCCAAAAAGAGAAACCUGGCGAAGAAGGGCAAGAAGGGCAGCUUCCUCCGGGCCACCCCCGCCGACUGCAUCAUAGUCGACUCAGACAACUUCAAGUUCAUCGUGGACCCGUACGAGGAGGCCCAGGGCCCAGAAAUGCUGACUCCUGUCUCUAUCACCCACGAGAUUUUGGAAAGAUUCCAAGACACGUUCACGUCGCGAUGGGUGGGACACCUGGGAAGCCAGCAGUUUCCCAGCCAGGCCCAGUGGGAGCAGGCCCUGGGCAGCUGCAGCGGCUUCUUCUUCUAUGGGAUGGAGUGCUUCCUGUCCCAUAUAUUAGUGGAGAGAUUGGUCGCCAUGAACUUGCAAGAGUGCCAGGUGCUGGUCGUGCUGGACCUGGCGCGGUCCUACCAGAGCAUGAAGCGGCACAAGCAGAGCUUGGAGCACAGGAGGUGCCUGGCUGCCCAGGGGAGGAGCGCCUCCAAGCCAUCCCUGGAGGAUCCCGUCAACAUGGCCAUCCUGCUGAGCCUGGUGGGUGUCAAGAGCAUCCUGGCGAACCAAUGGUCCACACUGCUUCAGGACAACGCGCUGCGGGCCAGCGUCCUUUGGGAAAAUCUGUUGGCCGUCGGGAAGCCGGUUGGAGAAACGGUGCGCCUCCUUCAGGAGAUGGCUGGUGAUGAGGCAGUGAACCAAGACGAGGCUUCUCAGACGUUGAAGGACAAGAUGCUCCUGCUACUGCAGCCACAGCUCCAAAGCUCCAAGCUCCUUCCCACCACGCUCAACUUGGUGCUGUAUGGGCUGCCACACCAAGCCGUUGGGUAGCGUGGGCCUGGACACUGUCCUCCGCCCUGCCCCUCUGCCAACCCAUGGCCCUCCUAUCCCCACCGCGGCUCUCUCUCCCCAGCCCUUGGUGUGGCCUCAGCCUGAGACCUUCCCCCCGUGCCCUCCUGCCGGGCGGUCACCUGGACCUUGAGCUCUGCCUGCCCGUGUGCGCCAUGGGGUCUGUGUCGGGGCUGGAGCUGCGUCUCUCCCUAGUGCCAGGACAAGGGCGGCCUCCCAUCAGGAGGUUUCCACAGCCGCGGGCUCAUUUAUGCUGGCAGCAAAACCUCCUUUCCCUGGGGUGGAGGCACCCCCGGCAGAGCCCCAGGAGACAAAGGCUCUCAGCGCCGCGCCGGUGCCGGGUUGCUCAGACCAGGAGCACCGUUAGGACCUGUUAGGCUGUUUUUCAUUUGAGUGUUCUAGUAAACAACAAAAGCCAGUCUGUGUGUGUGUGUCUGUGUGUGUGUGUGUGUGUGUGUCUGUGUGUGUGUGUGUGUCUGUGUGUGUGUGAGUGUGGGUGUGUGUGGUCUCUGUGUGUGUGUGGUCUCUGUGUGUGUGGUGUGUGAGUGUGUGUGGUCUGUGUGUGUGUGUGUGUGUGGUCUCUGUGAGGCUCUGCAUGUGGUCUCUGUGUGUGUGUGUGGUCUCUGUGAGGCUCCGUGUGUGGUUUCUGUGAGGCUCUGUGUGUGGUCUCUGUGUGUGUGUGGUCUCUGAGCGUGUGUGGUCUGUGUGUGUGGUCUCUGUGAGCGUGUGUGGUCUCUGUGAGCGUGUGUGGUCUCUGUGAGGCUCUGUGUGUGGUCUCUGUGAGCGUGUGUGGUCUCUGUGUGUGGUCUCCAGGACUCGAGUGUCUGUGUGUGGUCUCUGUGUGUGUGGUCUCUGUGAGGCUCCACGUGUGGUCUCUCUGAGGCUCUGUGUGUGGUCUCCAGGACUCGAGGCUCUGCGUGUGGUCUCUGUGAGUCUCUGCGUGUGGUCUCUGUGAGUCUCUGCGUGUGGUCUCUGUGAGGCUCUGUGUGUGGUCUCUGGGACUCCAGGCUCUGUGUGUGCUCUGUGAGUCUCUGUGUGUGGUCUCUGUGAGGCUCUGUGUGUGGUCUCUGUGAGCGUGUGUGGUCUCUGUGUGUGGUCUCCAGGACUCGAGUGUCUGUGUGUGGUCUCUGUGUGUGUGGUCUCUGUGAGGCUCCACGUGUGGUCUCUCUGAGGCUCUGUGUGUGGUCUCCAGGACUCGAGGCUCUGCGUGUGGUCUCUGUGAGUCUCUGCGUGUGGUCUCUGUGAGUCUCUGCGUGUGGUCUCUGUGAGGCUCUGUGUGUGGUCUCUGGGACUCCAGGCUCUGUGUGUGCUCUGUGAGUCUCUGUGUGUGGUCUCUGUGAGGCUCUGUGUGUGGUCUCUGGGACUCCAGGCUCUGUGUGUGCUCUGUGAGUCUCUGCGUGUGGUCUCUGUGAGUCUCUGCGUGUGGUCUCUGUGAGUCUCUGCGUGUGGUCUCUGUGAGGCUCUGUGUGUGGUCUCUGGGACUCCAGGCUCUGUGUGUGCUCUGUGAGUCUCUGCGUGUGGUCUCUGUGAGUCUCUGUGUGUGCUCUGUGAGUCUCUGUGUGUGGUCUCUGUGAGUCUCUGUGUGUGGUCUCUGUGAGGCUCUGUGUGUGGUCUCUGGGACUCCAGGCUCUGUGUGUGCUCUGUGAGGCUCUGUGUGUGGUCUCCAGGACUCGAGGCUCUGCCUGUGGUCUCUGUGAGGCUCUGUGUGUGGUCCCUGGGACUCGAGGUGGCCCCAGGUGGGUGCUUCUGGACCAGCCUCAGCACUGCGGCAUGGACACCAGCACCUUCUGGGAUGCUGGCCCGUGAGAAACGCACCACUUGAACCCAGCUGCUUUCCGGUGUGUGCUGGGGAGUGUCAUGCCAGCCCAGGCAACAUCCCCUGCACACACUCAGGGCACCUCAGAUGGAACCUUCCCGAGCAAGGAGGCUCGUGGUGGCAGGGUCUGUGUCAGCAAGCACCACAUGGAGCUUCUCGUGAAGAGAUGCUUUUCUUCUGUGAGCAUUCCUGGUGGGCUGCAGCAUCCAGGGGGUCCUGGGGGAAGGGACGUGCCUUCCAGAUGGCCCUUCUGGAUAUCUGGAUAUGUCUCUCCCAACUUGGGCAGAUGGGUGGGAGCUGGGGGGUCGAAGGGUGUAUUGGUCCAUGGGAGGCCAUGGGGUCUGCGGAGCUUUCUGGAGACAGGCCUUCCCAACACACAUGGGAUCUGACCAGGACCAGGGGAAGGCUCAGGACAGCCCUGAAGGGCGGAAGCGUGAGCCUUGCAUGCCCAGCCACAUGGGGCCACGUGGGCCUGUUUCUUCAGCCUGAGACCGGAAAUGUGAAGGCCAGGAGGCAGCCUCCUCCUGCUGAGGGCAACAGGAGCUCAGCCAUGUGAGGUCAGGGCUGCCUGGAAACCUCAGAGUUUCCUCCAUGUCUGAUGGGGAGCAGGGGCAACGGCGCUGUGAGGGGGAAGGGUCUGCUGAAGGCCUUCCUGCCCACACUGUGCCUGUGAAGGCCACUCGCCCAGCUCGGUGCCCACCCAAACUCCUGCCGGGUGCCAACCCCAGGCCAGCAAUAGCCAAGACAGCUGGGUCAGGACAGGUGGCCCCAAAAUGACCCAAAAUAGGUCUACGUACGUAUUCCCAGAUAGGGAAUUUUUUAAAGAAUAAAGAUAACAGGAAAUGCUGGAGAAGACACUGAUAAACGGACUCUCACACACGGUGCUACAGCCCCUCUGGAAAACAGUUUACCUGAUUCUUUAAAGCCACAACCCAGCAAUGGCACUUCAGGGCAUUUAGCCCAGAAAGCGGGAAAUGCACUUCCACACAAACGCACGCACGCGUGUUCAUGGCAACCCCAUGUCCGUCCACAAGAAAAUGGUCAAACUCUGCUCCGUGCACUCAGCAGCGGCGGCAAAGGAACGGUGGCUCCGGCCUGACGGGCCCCCAGGAGUCGGGCUGAGGACAAAGCCAGCAUCAGAAGCGUCACAGGCUGCAGCAGGCAGUGUGCCUGGCUCGGGGGCCACCGCUGACCCACCAGUUAUGGGUCUUGAUGGUGGCAGCAACGCCAGUCCCUACCUGAGAAAGGAAUGCCCGUACGACGUGAAAACAGACCACGGCGCCCGCAGUCCACCCACCGCUUGAAGCCACCUCACUUCCGGCUUUGCGGUCGGUCGCUGCAGCUGUGCAGUGUCGCGGCCGGGGAAGGCCGGGGAGCGGGCGCCAAGCGCCGUGCCCUGUUUCUGCGACUUCCCGCGAAUCUGUAAUGAAUUUGACAGAGAUUUUAGAUGUCUACCUUUGAUGAUAUUGAAAGGUUAUGUGUGAUUCUCUUUUUGUGUGAUUUUUCUUUCUUUAAUAUAUACACACACUUGUUCCAGUUUGUGGGGGGGAAAAAGCUAACUAAUGACCAGGAAAUAAAUUGAAAUCAGAGCUGCGCUGGAAAUAUGGGCUUCCUUCUGUGGAGCUGCUGGCGCUCACCCAAACAACAAGAAUAAAAGCUUCUGGAAAUAUUUCA